GCAUUUGCGAGUUUUAGAAGUAUGAACGAAAACUCUGAUCUACCUCCGAUCUCUUCUUUGAAAAAUGCUUUAGCAAGACGUCACAUAGCCGCUGGUAUCCCAUACAGUCUUCCAGUUGAUCACGGGAAACACUCGGCUGAAACUUUUUAUCGGACGGAUUUAAGGGCCACCUUCCGCUAUCCGUACUUUGAACAGGCUCAUGACUUCAAUGAGGAAAUUCUUCUAUCAUCUAAGAAACAUCACCUAAAGACUAAUGUUCCGUUUCAACUAUUUCGAGCGACGAGACAAAAGAAAUCACUUAACAUGAAAAGCGAUGAGGUUUUACGCUCCUAUUCAAGUCUGUCACCCAAAACUUUGAAAGAGAAACGAAAAAGGUCUAUUCUCUAUCUCCCUUUGAAACAGCUGGCUCAUAAGGAAUCGGAAACCUUAAAGAAACAAGCACUUGAUAUUGUUAAAUCUAUCGAAAUAGAAAAAUUACAAAUAUCGCCUCCUAGUACCGCAAUUCGUCAACAGCGUUACUCCAAUAGUUUUGAUAUAGGAGAUAGUCAGCAAAACAAAUAUAAAAGGAAGAAAUUUAUUAACAGUUUAGAAAGGGCAUCAACAGCUCCUGAUUUCAAAAAUAUACCAGAAGAAUUUCAAUCUAGACCGAACUCUACACAGAUUUGGGAAUGGCUACAAAGUUCUGCAAGAGUUCAAUCACCUUUUUCGUUCUUUUUAGAUACCGUUUGUAGUAUUACAGAAACUUGAGAAAUAUUGUUUUUUUUUUCAUUUCAUUUCACUUUAAUAAAGUUAAAAUUAACUAUGAAAUUGCUUUAAAACCUUAAGAACCUUUCUGUGUUCUAGACUUUAUUUCUUGGAUAAGCUUUUUUUCUUUUUGUAUGAUAA